AUGAUGAUUCAUAAUGUUGAGGAAAAAUUAUUAGAAUUGAUGAAAAUUGUGAAAAUGUUUGAUGAGGAUGGAGAGAAAAUUUCCAAGAAUUUGCAAACUUUUGUUGAAUUGUACGUGAGAAGUAAUUCAUUACCUGCUGAGAGACCUAUUUCUUUUGUGGAAUUAUUGUUGGAUUUGUGGAAGUUUCGAAUAUUUGCAGAGUUUUAUUAUGAGAAUAUGGAUAGAUUUUAUUUUAAUGAAAAUUUGGAAUUGUUUGUUGACAAGAUGAGAAUGCAUCGAGAGGAUGGAAUACUUUUUGAUCCACUUCGAAUAAUUUCAAAGGAAACUCUUGGAUUUACAGCAGCUGUCAAGAAAUUGGAUAACAAUUCCAUUACUAUAAUUGAAAAUAGAGGAACAAGACCUGAUACAAAUCUGAAUGCCAAAAAGGUAUUAGUGUUAACUGUUUCCCUGGUAGAUUGCAUGAUUUCUGUAAAGGAUGAAAGCAAUUUACUGAACUUGACAACAUUCACUUCAUAUCCAAACUCCAAAUUCGAUUCUGCACUUUCCUUCUUUGAAGAUAUUGCCAAAAGCAGAGCAUUGAAAGAUUUCCAACAAAACACUCGUGUCUGUAUCCUCUUUACAAAAGCAGAUUUACUAAUGAAACGAUUGGAAAAAUUCGAAACCUUUCCACGACAUGAAAAGGAAGAAUGUAAAACAAUCCAGAGAAAUGAAAUUUCAAAUUUGAGAAAUUUCUUCAUGGAACGAAAUGUCAUUAAUUAUGUAGUGAAUGAAUUUUAUGAAAUUUUACGGAAAUCUGGAAUGGAAAGUAUUGAAUUUGAUUAUCACAUUAUUAAUGCAUUGAAUGAGGAGGAAGUGAAUCGUGCAUUUGAACUCAUUGUAAAACCACUCAAUCAACGAGGAGUUUCGAAACAUUAUCUUUCUCCAUGCCUUUACAGACCUUUAGAAUACAUUCCAAUACAAUUGUACAAUAAUCUUAACAAUCAAUACCUCACUGAUGUUGUCAUUAUUACAAAUCCAUCAAGAAACCAAUCAUUCUAA